AUGUCAACCAAUGAUUCAAGCGAUAAUCUUUCUAAUUCAGCUGCCUUCAUCAUGUCAACUAUAAAGGAACAAAAAAAUGAACAAAUUCAAGUUAAAAACAAUACCAUUAAUAAAAUUUUAAAUAAAAAAGAAGACGAUGCUGAAAUAAAGUAUAAUGGAAAAAAAAUCCAGACUUUAAAUGAAAAAGACACUGAAAAAAAUGCAAUGGCGAAGAAAUCGAAAUCUAAGAUUUUAAAGAAAAAAGACGCCAAAAACAAGUGUAUUGAAGAGGACAUCACUGAGAAACAAAAUAGUGAAGACAACAAAAAAAAGUGCAGCGCUAUUUCUAAAUGGGAAGUAUUAAAGAUUAAAUUUGAUAAGAAGAUUCGUGAAGAAAUAUUAGAUGCUGUAAAAAGACAGUUAAUGAUAUUUUAUUUAGAAAUUAAAAGACAUAUAGAAAUAUUGGAAAAAAUUGAUCCAUUAUUAGUCAAUC